UCAUCGUCUGUGCUCGCAGAAUAGUAGUACAAUAUAGGUGUUUUCUGCUGCUUAAUAACUACGCACGAACGUGAACGAAUCCACCGGUUUAAUAUCUCUACCUGCGUGAGAUCCACAUGAUGAGAAAAUUAUAUUAUGAAUAAAAAUGGAUCAUUUAUAAUAUCCGGAGUUUUAAUUAACUAUAUAAUAAGUCGAAGUAUUCUUCGAAGACGAAUCGGAAUGCUUCGGAAGGAGACCUCCCGAUCAUACCACGAAUUCAACGACGAGGAAGAACUUCAAACCCCAGACUUCUACCAAGACAAUGACAGUGCCAACGGUGGCCUGGAGGAGCCAGAAGAAUCCAUUGCCAGUGUUCUACCAGAGGAGGACAUAGUGAACAGCAAUCCAUUUACACUAUUCAACAAGGCGUGUCUGAAGAACGUGUUCACUGUCCUGCUGCUGUUCAUCUACCUGGUGCUGACUGCUGUGGCCGUGUUCCUGGCCUAUCAAACCAUCACUGACUUCAUGGAGAAGCUCAGUCACCCCGUCAUGUCUGUCACAUACAAGGAGGUGGAUGUCUUCUCUCCCCCAGGCAUCGCCCUGUACCCUGGUACGGCUCAGCUGCUGAGCUGUAAGCACCACUACCACGCCCAUAUCCCCCCGCUGGUCACCCCAGGGAAGCCCCAGCCAGGAGAUUGUGUCAUGGAGGAAGUGACCUACACUGGCCCCUACACCAACCACACUGUGAAGCAAGCCCUGGUGGUCAGCGGUCCAACAGAUGUCAGAAACAGGGAGUUGAUCUUCCUGCAGUUCAGUCAGAACGAGACAGAAGAGGAUUUUAGUGCCAUCACAUACAUGCUCUUCGACAAAUACAACGACCUGUCCAGAAGCGUGAAUAAAUCAGCGUUCAUGCAGGACUGUGAGAGGAACUACUCCAUGGUGACGUUCUCUGGAGGCUUCAGGACCUGGGUCAAGAUGUCACUGGUCAAGACCUCUGGGAAGAAAAACGAGUCCAUGGAGUUCCGGCAAGAGUCUAGUGUGGUCAAAUAUAAUGACAAGAGGCCUGUAUCCGAGCAAAAAGCCAUUCAGCUCUUCUUUGUUGUGUUUGAAUGGAGGGAUCCCUUUGUACAAGAAGUCAGAGAUAUUGUGACAGCCAAUCCGUGGAAUACCGUAGCCAUCCUGUGCGGUGUGUUCAUGGCUCUGUUCAAGGCUGCUAACUUUGCCAGUUUUAGUGUGAAAUGGGUCAUCAAGAUUCGUAAGAGGCAUCUGAGGAACAGAAACAGGGAACUGACCGCAUCAUCUCAGAGAUACGUAGUAACUAAUACGGAUAUUAAUAGAUUAGAAGAAUAACUUUCAAUUUUUUUUCCCGUGAACGAACUUCUUUCAACCAAUCAAUGAGGCACUUGCUUUGAACUGCAAAUAUUGCCCUUGGUUAUGGGCAGCGUUUUAAAAAAUGUUGUUUUGGGAUCAUCACAUUUUGUAUGUUUAAAUAUUGAAUAGAUUGUAACGUAUAUGAUUUUAGACAACUCAACCAAAGGUCAAAUUCACAAUGAUUGUUUCUUUAUACAUAAGUCAUAUGUAGCAUUCCAAAAUGUGACUGGGAAAUAGGAUUGUAAAAUGUAUUUAUGAAUGUUAUGAAACUUGUUUAUACCACCAACAACUGAUAUGAACUACUGACAUGUAAGGCAAAAGGGAACUUCCCCCAUUUACCUUUCAUUACAUUCUUAAAUCUGAGUUUCAAUUGAGCAGUGAGAUGUUUUAAAACGUGACUUUUUAUUUUAUUUUUUAGAAUAACUUAAAUUCUUAAGUAUCUUAUCGCCUCUAAAUUACUGGAUAUUUUAUGUAUAUACUGUAUAUAAAACAAAUGUAAAGGGAACAGUGAGUAAUGCUUACCAAAUGUGGACCAUGAUGCAAUUGCUUAUUAGUUUUUUUCCCGUUGUUUGUUUCCUUUUUUUUUUUUUUUUUUACAAAGAAUGGGUGAAUCUAGAACGAAGGAGUCAAUCUCACUGGUUGACUCAUACGACUGAACAACGGACUCAUACGACCGAACAACGGACUCAUACGACUGAACAACGGACUCAUACGACCGAACAACUGACUCAUACGACCGAACAACUGACUCAUACGACCGAACAACUGACUCAUACGACCGAACAACUGACUCAUACGACCGAACAACUGACUCAUACGACCGAACAACUGACUCAUACGACCGAACAACUGACUCAUACGACCGAACAACUGACUCAUACGACCGAACAACUGACUCAUACGACCGAACAACUGAGUCAUACGACUGAACAACUGAGUCAUACGACUGAACAACGGACUCGUACCACUGAACAACUGACUCGUACGACUGAACAACUGAGUCAUACGACCGAACAACUGACUCAUACAACCGAACAACUGAGUCAUACGACCGAACAACGGACUCAUACGACUGAACAACGGACUCAUACGACCGAACAACUGACUCAUACGACCGAACAACUGACUCAUACGACCGAACAACUGACUCAUACGACCGAACAACUGACUCAUACGACCGAACAACUGACUCAUACGACCGAACAACUGACUCAUACGACCGAACAACUGACUCAUACGACCGAACAACUGAGUCAUACGACUGAACAACUGAGUCAUACGACUGAACAACGGACUCGUACCACUGAACAACUGACUCGUACGACUGAACAACUGAGUCAUACGACCGAACAACUGACUCAUACAACUGAACAACUGACUCGUACGACAGAACAACUGAGUCAUACGACCGAACAACUGACUCAUACGACCGAACAACUGAGUCAUACGACCGAACAACUGACUCAUACGACUGAACAACUGACUCAUACGACCGAACAACUGACUCAUACGACCGAACAACUGACUCAUACAACUGAACAACUGAGUCAUACGACCGAACAACUGACUCAUACGACCGAACAACUGACUCGUACGACCGAACAACUGAGUCAUACGACCGAACAACUAACUCGUACGACUGAACAACUGAGUCAUACGACUGAACAACUGACUCAUACCACUGAACAACUGACUCGUACGACUGAACAACUGACUCAUACGACCGAACAACGGACUGUUACUGAACCCAGAGUAAUAGUCUACUACUGUUUUCUUUGCUUCUACACACUAGGCGAAUAUUUACGAAUACCACCUCAUCCUGCCUGUUGCUUUCUACAUUAUUUACACAUCUUGGAAAAACUGGACUGAUCAACAAGUACCUGGGAUUUACUUGAAAUUGUGUAUAGCUUUUACUGUGAAAUAAAACCGUUUGCUGUGCAA